AUGGAGAAGGGCAUUGAAGAGAUACUGGAUGCGUGUGCGCAUCUUCUGGCGGAGAUGAAGAGUGACACGAGGGAACGAACAAUACUGUCUGCUGUGAGCAAGACGCUGAAGCGCCUCGCAGAGGAGUCUCGUCAGCACCAGGACCAGCUCUCGGCGCAGUCGACACCGUCCCAGCGGAUAGACGCGUCCCUGCCAGUGCCUUCCGCUGUCACCCCGUCCUGUAGCGCGUUGGCACCGCAGUCGUCCGAUGCAAAGUCGUCUCCCACAGGUGGCGAGCGGACGGAGGCGGCCGAGGUGGUCAGUAAAACAAGCGUGGAGACCGCAGAGGCAACACAGUCCGUUGCAGCGUUGCUGUCUGGCCUUUCCAGUCCCUCGACUUCUGUACCUGCGACCACCACCGCCUGCAGUCCGCUCCAGCAGUUCUUGUGUAAUGACGAGGAGCUCAGCAAACUGGCGUACGCCUGCCGUAUGGCGAUAAUGGGCGAAAAUGGAGGCAUUGCUCGCAACUCGGUGCGCAUUCUGACAGCAGCGCUUGAGUUGGCUGCCGUCGUUUUGACCAGUGGAGUUCUGCCAUUGGAGUUGGUGGCACCGGUCCCCACGUUCGCUGUACCCGAGUCGACUGCAAGAGGCGCAAAGGUGUUUUUUUCAAAGCUGCUGGGUGGAAAAAAGCGUGCCUCGUCGCCAUGCCGCGCUGGCGCCCUGGAUGUGGGAUCUAGCGAAGUCACAUCCGUGCCUGCAGACAUUGUGGGGCCGAGCGAAAACGUGCGUGAAUGUCUCGUAGACGCCGUCUUGGCGGCGGUGGAUACAGUGCAGUCGAAGGAGUCGAGCGACCGGCUGUACUUUGUGAUGAUUGUCGCGCUCAAGGCUGCUGCUGCACCCCGGCUCAGUCGAAAGGCAAGCACCAACAUUCAACCCUCUGCGUUGCAGCCACUGCAACUGUCCGUGCACGACGGCCGCUUAGUAAGCGUGUUCCGCGCCCUGCUUGAGCUCUGCGCCCGAUCAGCGGGGGUGUUGCCCAUCCUAAUAGAUGAGGCGCAGAAGGCGCUGCAUGCGAUAGCGCGCGCCUUGUCCAAGUAUGUCGAGCAGGGAAUCUCUGACAGCGAUGAUAGGAGCGCUGCGGGCGGCUGUUCGAAGGAACAAACCACCGCCUCGCACUCUGCGUCGAGCUCGUCAGCCGGCACGCCGCUCAUGCCUUUGCCAACUGCAGUGACCUCGAUCUCGGCAGGCAAGUCAGCGAGCGAAUCCUUCGUCGACCCGCCUCUAGAGUGCACAGAGGCAGAUGACGGGGAAACACCACAGAAAACAUGUGGACCGACGACGGAAAAACCGCCUUCGACCACAUCCUCCACUAUCGCUCCUGCUGCGACCUCACUUGUGGUUCCGCCUGUGUGUGACGGAGCGGAAACGUCGACCGCUGCCGCGCUGACGGCGGCGUCGCCGCCGCCUCGACGGUUCCGUGGGGUGACAGACAUGCUUCUGCUGCUGGAGUUGUGCGGCCACAUCGCUCGCCUGACGCCGCUUUCCGGCAUUUCGUCUAUCUUGUCAGGGAGUGGCGGCGGACUCGAGGGGGGCGUCGUGGCGGCGUCAACGAGCGAGUAUCAUCGCGACGCUCCGGCGAACGACGCCGUCGGUGGCGGUGACGGUGCGACGCCGGCGGCUCCUCGCAGAACCUCCGGCAACGCCACAGAAGAGGGUGCCUCCACGACGAGCUUUUCUGCUGCAUCGCUGAAUGAGCACAUGCUGGUGACGGCUCUGAGUUUUCUCUUGUACAGUAUCGUGAACGGCGGCCCGCAGUUCCGCAAGUGCCCAGAUAUCGUUCAGCUGCUGCGUCAGGUCGUCGUGCCUGCUGCGAUUCGCACGUCGAUCUCGACGGACCUGGACAUCUUUCGACUUUCCAUCAACGUGCUGUUAAGCUGCUGCCUGCGCUUUGGUCCGCAAAUGGUAAGUGAGACGAGCACGGUCUUCCGUCACGUUUACUUCCGUGUGCUAGACUCCUCCUUCACCUCCUUGGAGCACAAGCUACUCGUGCUUGAGGCUUUUGGCUCGUACAUUGAGGAGCCGCAGCUCCUGCUUGGGCUCUUCCUGAACUACGACUGCAACACGCACUCGCAGAGUUUCUUCGAGAUGAUGAUCCACUACCUCGGCGCGCUUGCCAUGCCUCCGGCGCAGCAGGUGUGCAACAGCAAGCUCUUCGCUGAGCUGAAGAGGGUUCUGACCGUGCGGCUGGAGUACGACGUGCCAGAACCACUUCGCCGCAAGGCACUUGUAAGCCUGUUGCAGGUUGCCGACUCGAAUAUUCAGUGGAUCGAGCGCUUUGAAUGCGAUCAGGAGGAGGACACUCACACCGGUACACCCAAAAAUGGGACUGGGUGUCGAGACGGCGCGACGACAGAUACGGCACCUCACGAGCUUGUCACCUGUUCGCCGCUCGUGCACCACCUGAGUGAGGACGGACUGCGGCACGGUAGGACCCACGCACAGCUGCGUGGUGUCGAGGUGAUGGGUUCAUCGAUGAGUGGCGGCGGCACUAAUGGUGGCCUCAACGCGACCGCGAACGUCGACACCUUCCUGCAGGCGCGACGGUACAAGGAUGCGUUCAAGAAAUUCCUCGAUUUGUUCAAUCUGAAGGCAACCCCAGAUGCGGCCAUCGAAUACUUGGAAAACUCAUUGCUGACCCUCGAGGACGCCGAUAAGACGGUCAGUGCAACACUGGAGCCGGCGGCGGCUGUCGGGGCGCGAUUUCCAUUGAACGACAGAGCGGGGGUUGCCGCUAUCCCCACCACAGCCACGGACACCACCAACGCAAGCACCUCAGAUGGGCUUCGCAAUGACGAUGCAGAAGAGCCAUCGGGCUCUAAUGAGGUGUCAAGAAGGACGGAGCAGGUGCCGGCCGGCGGUGUUGAUGCUGCUGCCGCGUCCCCCGCCCCUGUGGAAGCGCCAGCGACGUCUACUGCAGCCAUCACGAGUGACGUGGAUGACGCCAUGCUCCUCUCGGCUAGGAAGGUGGCAACGUUUCUGCGUGUCAAGGAGGACUACCUUGACAAGAUGGUGCUUGGCGACUACUUUGCCAAGUGCUUUCGACGACCGUCGUCGCGUGUUGUGUUCGAGGAGUGGAUUGGACUGCACGACUUCACCGGCAAGACGCUGGACGAGGCACUGCGUCUCUUCCUUGGCGGCUUCAAGCUCUUGGGCGAGGCGCAGGUCGUGGACAAAACAAUGGAACUGUUCGCGGCGCAGUACUGCCGUCAAAACCCCGGCAUCUUCAGUUCGGCAGACACCGCCUUCAUUCUAUCUUUCUCCAUCUGCAUGCUCAACACCGACGCCCAUAGUAGGCACGUCAAAAACAAGAUGACGAAGGAGGGCUUUCUGCAGAAUAGCCGAGGCAUCGACGAGGGCAACGACAUCGAUCCGUCCAUUCUCGGUGGCAUCUACGACCGCAUCAGCGGAGAGGAGAUCGUGCUGCGGCCGUCGCCGAAGUGUGUGACGCAGCCGUCGGUGCACGCGCCAGCCGCGGCUGCGGCGGACAGAUCUGCCGGACUCAGACGCAGCAGUAAGUUGACGACGAACCUGUUGGACUCCAUUCCCUUGCUGCGCCACCUCUCUCCAAUCGCGGCUGCCAUCACGGACAAAGUCUUGCUACCAAUGGAUGCCGCCGGCAACGCGCUGUUCAACUCAGCCCGGCGCAAGCGAGAGGAGAUGUACCAGCAGGAGUUGCGUGCGACGUUGAAGGAGGUGAUGAACGCGCUACAAGAGGCUUCCACCAACGACGCAGCGCAUCACGCCAUGUUCGUAACGGCGACGAGCAUCGAGAACGCCCUUCCCAUGUGGGAGGUGUCGGUAGAUGUGGUGUGUCAUAUUGUCGUGCUGGCUCUGCAGCAGCUGCUUGAGGAUUCGGAGAAAUAUCUGCGACCGCAGUCUUUCUCGUCGCCGUCACUGUCCGGGAACGAGCGGGAGGCGGGGGCGGAGUACGAGGCGGUGACCGCCUACUUGGAGGACACGCAAAGCGCUGGCUAUUUCAGCACCAUCCUCCUCGGCUUGCAGAACACCGUGCGCGUCUGCUGCGCGUUCGGCAACGUUUCCCACACGGAGAAGCUACUGGAGCACAUGUUCGAGAUGACUCGUCUGACCUCCGUCGUCGUCGUGAAGGCGGUGCCAAGCUCGCGCGUGACGAUAAAGUCGACGAUUCCCUUCACGCGCUUGCAGGUGCUCUCGACGUUUUUCAACCUGUUCAUGCAAUGCGGCUCUUCCUUCAACGCGCGUGGGUGGCAGGCGGCGUACAAGGCGAUGUCGCUCGUAGAUGCCUUGGCGAACGGUAUCGAGGGUAUAUGGCAGCGCCAGGCGCGCCGUCUGCUGUACACGACACCGCCGGCAAAAGAAACUAGUUGGGUGCUUCCAAAGCCACCGGAUUCCGCGACAAAGCCGGCCGCUUCUUCGGCUUCCGCUGGCCCGGAUGCGAGCAGCGAUAACACGAGAGGCAUCUCCGCCGCAACGACCGCACCGGAGCAGCAGCAGCGCGCGGAUCUCUGGUUCGGCGCUCUCAACGAUGUACCUGCCAGCGUCGUCGACCGCGCCUCUCGCGACAACCGCAAAGCUAUACUUUUGGCGCUUCGCUCUGUCCCGACGUGUCACGUUGAUCUGUGGCUUGACCGCCUCUUCGACGCCACGCAGUACCCGCCGCGAGUGCAGCUGGAGAUGACGAGCGGCUUGGUGAAGGUGUGCGAGAUGGAGCUAACGUACACCCGCACUUUCUCGCUAACUAAGCUGUUCGACUUUGUUAGCAUUUGCGCCUCUUUCUUGAGCCGACUGCAGUGGCGCGACUUGUGGGCGCACGCGAGUGAGGUGUUUACGCUAGCAGGUUGCCGCAGCAGCAGCGAGAUUGCCCUGUCUACCUUGGAUGGUCUGCGGCUCGUCGCGCUGACUUACCUCAUGCGCGAGGAGCUGCUCAACUAUUCUUUCCAGAAAGAGGUGCUCAGGCCGUUCGAGUUGAUUCUCAUGUCAAAUCAAAACGUCGCCUGCCGGCAGAAGGUGAUGAUGAUUCUCUCCGAGGUGAUCGACUUCCGCGCCGAACACUUGGCGAGUGGCUGGAACGUCGUCUUUUCGUGCCUCAGCCACGCCGCGGCCAUCCCAGAGGUGGCGCCGUCCGCCUGGUCCAUCUGCGAGGGUGUGAUACUGCGGCAUAUCAGCUACGUGAAGGACUGCUUUAGCGACUUGAUCUUCUGCUUAACGACAUUUGCCUGCUCCGGCGUGGAAGAGAGCAUGCCGCUGCGCGCCAUUUCGUACCUUGUCGCGUGUGGCCACUGGCUGCAAUAUGGGCUGGAGGCCCCUCCACUGGAAGUGCGGACGGCAGACGCCGUCACGCGAUGGGCCACGCGCUUUCUCACAGUCGAGGAGGAGGUGGCAGCGUCUCAGAUGAUGGGCAGGCAGCUGUCGCGGGUGACGCUCGCUGCGGAGCCGCUGACGCUGGACGCGCUCCUCCAGAAGCCCGUGACCUUUACCAGCAAGACGAAGUACCACCUAUGGAUGUCGCUGUUCGAGGGAAUGGUGCCGAUCGUCGUCGUGCACAGCUCCGUGCGGGUGCGAGCACAUGCCCUUUCGUCAAUAUGGGCGUUGCUUGCGCAGUAUGCGGGCCUGUUCGAUGCGGAGGUGCGGAGCUCGCUUUUCAGUGGCAUGGUGCGACCGAUGCUGACGACACUGCUGACGCACGUGCCUGGGGACGCGGAUCUGGUGUCGCCACCGAUGUCUGGGGGCUACGAGUUUGACCGCUUUGACUAUCGACUCCUUGUCUACUUAGCGCUCAAGGGCAUGUUACUCGCAUGUAAGGAUCACGCUCACUUGCUGAAGCUGGCGUGCAAAGUUCUGAAUGAAGUUGUGGAGUCGACCAACAUCACCUUGCGCAUGCUCCGCAACGACUACGUCGAUGAGGUACUGCGGGUGUGCUACGACUUUGUCUGGGCUGCGGCGUCCUUGGCGACGAUGGAUGCGUUGGACAGGCUGCCCAGCGUCCCCGGCGCGCCGUCUUCCAUGGACGCGGUGAAUUACGCGGAAAGGUUGUAUCAGUGGAUCCCGACGGAGGCCCGGGACGGCAAUCCGUUUGUGGUGGGCCUGGUGCAUGAGAUUCAGCAGGUUGGCGUCGUGGAUGUGGUGCGCUUCAAGCGCACCGCUGACUGGGUGGAGCUGCAGCAGACGCCGGCGGCGCGCAACACUCCCGUACAAGUGUCUCUAUCCAGACUGUCCGCCACAUCGGUGCAGUUGGCGAGUGCGAUGAUGCUGCAGAUCCGCUCCACCAUCUUCGGGUGCCUCACGCACGGCCUCCUGGAUAAGCUUCAGCGCCUCCUCAGCACGUGCGAGGCGGACUGGAAUGUUUGCCUCGAAGUGUCGGGGGCCAUGCGCCACGUGUUGCUUGGUGUGAGCUUCUAUUUUCUCGUCACCCGAGAUGCCCGCGCGGUGCGGUUUCUCAAGUCGGUCAUGGGUACAUCGCACGAACACGGAAUGGUGGGCUCGCACGACUCCGCGUCUCACACAGAGCCCGCGUCGCCCGCAACCGCUGCUGGGGCGGACGCCUCGUCGGGCGACGGCGCUCCGCAGAGCAGGCGCUCCUCCAGAGCCGCUGUCGCAGCGUCGCCGGCCUUCAUCGAAACCUCCAAAAACGCUGUGCUUGAGACGCUGUUGCUGAUUCCGUACGCGUGCGUGUUGAUCGAGUUCAUUGCCGCCUUUGAUCUUGGCGAGGCCGACAGCAACGUGGUGCGUAGUGAUUUGUGGGUCUACGUGGGUCAGUAUUUGGAAGAGUUGAAGCGAAGUCGGUUGGCGUGUAUAGAGCUGCAGCAGGCGGUGCAAGCGGGCGUGCGCGCUGAACUGGAGGCCGCAGCAACCACCACCACCACCACCACCACCACCACCACCCCCCCUUCGACACCCGCGAAGCACGUGCUCAAAGAGUACAAAGAAUGCCAUUUCACCGACAUCUUCCGCUCCGCCCGUUACCCGAUCGCGGCUCGCACCCUCUACUUGACUGCCCAAAGCGAUCCAUCGAUCCGCCAGCGCGUCUUCACCGAGUGGUGCUACCUUCUUCGCAUCUACGCCCUCAAGUGCACAGCGAUCCUUGGCGCCAGCUCUGUCGUGCUACAGGCGUGCCCCACUCGUGAUUUGAUCGAUUUGUUGCGAGUCAUUCCCAGCGCUUUCGAGGAGGCGGCAGUUAGUGCCUACUUCAACAGCUGCUGGGAGGAGAUGGACUUGCACUGCAGCAUGCCGCCCGAGUCGUGUGUGGAGUUGUGUGCACGUAUCCUUGAGUCGCGCAUGUGA